AUUGGCUGUGGGAGACGUCAGACUCGCGCCACUUCGUCAACCGAGACUGGGGAGAAACUGAAGCUGCGAGUGAAUGAAAACUGAUCACCGGUGGUGGAAGACAGUAAAUUGUGAUUUUUAAAGCUGCAUUUGAGUCGGAAUUAGGUUUUCUCAUUCGGUAAACGUCUGCAGCCAUGGCUCGUAAGGAUUACGCGGCAGAGAAAGAGAAAUGCAAAAGGUUCCUGCAGGAGUUUUACACAGAGGAUGACAAUGGCAAGAAGGUGUUCAAAUAUGGAGCUCAGCUUGUGGCACUGGCACACAGGGAGCAGGUGUCUUUCUUUGUGGAGCUGGACGAUGUGGCAGAGGAGGACCCUGAGCUGGUUGAGAGCGUCUGUGAGAAUGCCAAGCGUUACACUGGGCUGUUUGCUGAUGCUGUCCAUGAAGUGCUGCCAGAUUAUAAAGAGAGAGAUGUUGUGGCCAAAGAUUCACUGGAUGUUUACAUUGAGCACAGGCUAAUGAUGGAGCAGAGGGGCCGUGACCCUGCAGACACUAGAGACCCUCGUAACCAGUACCCACCUGAGCUCAUGAGGAGAUUUGAAAUGUACUUCAAACCCCCCAGCACCAAUAAACCCAAAGUAGUGCGGGAUGUACGAGCUGACAGCAUCGGGCAUCUGGUGACCGUUCGUGGCAUAGUGACCCGUGCUACUGAAGUCAAACCAAUGAUGGCUGUGGCUACUUACACAUGUGACCAGUGUGGUGCUGAGACCUAUCAACCAAUCCAGUCUCCCUCCUUCAUGCCCCUUUCCAUGUGUCCCAGCCAAGAGUGUGUAACCAACAAAUCUGGGGGUCGUCUCUACCUGCAGACCAGAGGCUCCAAAUUUGUCAAAUUCCAAGAGCUGCGUAUUCAGGAACAUAGUGACCAGGUACCAGUUGGUAAUAUUCCAAGGAGCAUGACUGUGUAUGCCCGUGGAGAAAACACACGUCUUGCUCAGCCAGGAGAUCAUGUAGCCAUCACAGGAGUCUUCCUCCCUCUGCUGCGCACAGGGUUCAAACAAGCUACUCAGGGCCUUCUCUCAGAAACUUACCUUGAGGCUCACUGCAUCACACUCAUGAACAAGACCGAGGACGAUGAGCUCGGUAACGAGGAGCUGACUGACGACGAGCUGCGUAGCAUCACAGAUGAAGGAUUUUAUGAAAAACUAGCUGGUUCUAUAGCACCAGAGAUCUACGGACAUGAGGAUGUAAAAAAGGCGCUUCUCCUGCUGCUGGUUGGAGGAGUAGAACAGGCACCUAAAGGCAUGAAAAUCAGAGGCAACAUAAACAUCUGCCUGAUGGGAGACCCAGGAGUCGCCAAGUCCCAGCUGCUCUCCUACAUUGACCGUUUGGCUCCUCGAAGCCAGUACACAACAGGCCGUGGAUCAUCUGGAGUAGGUCUGACUGCAGCAGUGAUGCGUGACCCACUGACUGGAGAAAUGACCCUGGAAGGUGGAGCCCUGGUCCUGGCAGACCUGGGCGUCUGCUGCAUUGACGAGUUUGACAAAAUGGCUGAUGCCGACCGCACAGCCAUCCAUGAGGUGAUGGAGCAGCAGACCAUCUCCAUCGCAAAGGCUGGCAUCAUGACCUCCCUGAAUGCCCGUUGCUCUAUCCUAGCUGCAGCUAACCCCGCCUAUGGCCGCUACAACCCCAGGAAGAGUAUUGAGCAGAACAUUCAGCUGCCGGCUGCUCUGCUCUCUCGUUUUGACCUGCUCUGGCUCAUCCAGGACAAACCGGACGCUGAUGCCGACUUGCGUCUGGCGCAGCACAUCACCUAUGUCCACCAGCACUCCAGACAGCCACCCACUCACUUCACACCCAUCGACAUGAAGCUGAUGAGGCGUUAUAUUGCUCUGUGUAAAAAGCGGCAGCCUGUGGUCCCAGAGACAUUGGCCGAUUACAUCACAGCUGCUUAUGUGGAGAUGAGGAAGGAGGCCCGAGUCAGCAAAGACACCACUUUCACCUCUGCCCGUACGCUGCUCUCCAUCCUUCGCCUCUCCACCGCCCUGGCUCGCCUGCGCAUGAUGGACAAUGUAGAGAAAGAAGACGUCAAUGAGGCAAUGAGACUGAUGGAAAUGUCAAAGGACUCACUACAAGCAGACAAGUCCAGCAACACGAGAGCCCAGCGUCCGUCCGACGUCAUCUUCUCCGUGGUGCGGGAGCUGGCCACAGAGGGCGUGGCCGGCCGGGCCGGAGCCGGCGGGGUGGUGCGCAUGGCCGAGGCCGAGCAGCGCUGCGUGUCACGUGGCUUCACCCCCGCCCAGUUCCAGGAGGCGCUGGAGGAGUACGAGGAGCUGAACGUGUGGCAGGUCAACCAGGCUCGCACUCGCAUCACCUUCGUCUGAAGAUCUGGGCUCACGCCGAAUUUCUCCUGCCCGAGUGAACGAACGCUCCUCUGGCCCUUUUACAGACUUGCAGGCUUAUUUACCCUCUUUCAGCAUUUUGUAACAAGUCAAGCAGAACCUGGACCAAAAAAACAGCUGUUGUUGGAGAUCCAUAGCUUUUAUGUUGAGGUUUCUGUUUGCUGGUAAAUGGCGUAAUUGUGUAAAUAUGUAUUUCAGAUCUUUGUAUUGAGAAGCUCUGUCUGCAGCUAGAGCUAAAAGCUUCCAGUUGACAUUAAGCAUUUCUGUACAUUUUAUGCUUUGUAUUGAAAAUGAGGCAAGGUAAAAUAAUAUCAGGCCUUGUAUUGUGAUGAUAGUUAUAAUAAAUUUAUGGUUCAGUAA